AUGGAUGCCUUCAGAUUGCGCAAGAAAUAUCCAGAGGUCUCAAACGACGAGAUGCUCGACAUGAUCAAUCGCUUCAAUGCGAUAUCGACCGACACCCCCGGGCGUGUCGACAAGCAGCGCGUGCUGCAAUCGCUACAGGCCAACGGAGAGUCGUACGAUCGUGCGCGAGAGGUCUUGAAGCACGUAAGCGUCGACUCGAGUGGCAAGGUCGAGCUUGAGGACUGGGUCGAGCUCAACGUGAAGCUUCGGAGUGAAACGAAGGAUGCGCUGCUUCCUUCAAGAGCAGGCAAAGUCACAGUCCACGGUUCUAACGCCAACGUCAGCCAUACAAUCAACGAAGACGAACGCGCUGAGUUCACCAAUCAUAUCAAUGCUGUUCUCGAGGGAGACCCUGAUAUCGGACACCGGCUCCCAAUUCCGACCAACACAAUGCAACUCUUCGACGAGUGCAGGGACGGUCUCAUCCUCUGUAAACUCAUUAACGACUCCGUACCAGACACCAUCGAUGUCCGUGUCCUGAACAAGCCCACGGCGAAGAAGCCGCUCAACGCCUUCCAAAUGACCGAGAACAACAACAUUGUCAUCACGUCCGCCAAGGCUAUUGGUUGCUCCGUCGUCAACAUCGGUCCGACUGAUCUUGCGGAGGGGCGAGAGCACCUCAUUCUCGGUCUCAUCUGGCAGGUUAUCCGUCGAGGACUGCUCGCGCAAGUCGAUAUCAAGCUGCACCCGGAGUUGUACCGCCUGUGCGAGGAGGGCGAGACGAUCGAGGACCUGCUUCGGUUGACGCCUGAUCAGAUCCUCCUGAGAUGGUUCAACUACCAUUUGAAAGCGGCUGGCUGGAAGCGACGAGUAAACAACUUCAGCCGAGACGUGUCCGACGGAGAGAACUACACUGUGCUGCUCAACCAGCUCGUUCCGGACAAAUGCUCUCUGGCCCCACUUCAGGCGCGCGACGUCCGUCAACGUGCAGAGCAGGUGCUGCAAAACGCAGACGCGAUUGGCUGCCGCAAAUACCUCACGCCCCCGUCUCUCAUCUCCGGUAACCCGCGACUGAACCUUGCCUUCGUCGCGAACCUCUUCAACAAUUAUCCUGGCCUUGCGCCGCUUGAUGAGCAAGAGGCGAAGGACUAUGGUGUUGUCGAGGACUUCGACGCCGAAGGCGAGCGCGAAGCGCGAGUCUUCACGCUUUGGCUCAACUCGCUCGGCGUCGAGCCCGCAGUAUUCAACCUCUUCGAGAACCUCAGGGACGGUGUUGUGAUCCUUCAGGCCUUCGAUAAGAUCAUGCCUGGCUCCGUCGUGUGGCGUCGCGUCAGCAAGCCCAAGGCGGGUGCGCAGCAGGAAACAUACACUAACGCGGACGGGGAAGAAGAGGACAUCGGCGUCACUCCCAACCAGUCGAAGCUGUCGCGUUUCAAGCAGGUGGAGAAUUGCAACUACGUCGUGGACCUCGGCAAGCAGAGCGGCAUGACGCUGGUUGGCAUCCAGGGAUCGGAUAUCGUCGACGGCAACAAGACACUUGUCCUCGGUCUCGUAUGGCAACUCAUGCGGAAAAACAUCACUCAGACGCUCAGCUCGGUCUCGAAGGCGAGCCAUGGGCGCCCGGUCAGCGAUACAGAGAUCCUGAAGUGGGCAAACACGACGGCGCAGCGGGCCAAGCCUGGUGUGCGCCCCAUCAGGUCGUUCAAGGACCCGGCGCUCACGACCGGUCUCUUCCUUCUCGACCUACUCGAGGCGCUCCGUCCGGGUAUCGUUGACCCGACGCUCAUAAUCAACGUCAACGAGAACAGUGACUACGAGGAUCGCAAGCAGAAUGCCAAGCUCGCGAUUUCUAUUGCACGAAAGUUGAACGCGCUCAUCUUCCUGGUACCCGAGGAUAUUGUCGACGUCCGCCCUCGUUUGAUCAUGACCUUCGUUGGCAGUCUGAUGGCUCUCGACAAGCAGUAA